AAAGUUUUGGAAGCGUUUGAAAUUGUGUAGACAGAUUUUAGUUUGAUUUGAAUAAAAUAUUGUCUUUGGUGGAAAAUCACAUAGUUUAUUCAGUGGAAUUGAUAUUUUACGCCGGCAAAUAAACAAGUUUGUUCUUGAUAUUGCAACAACGUUGGGGCGAGUGAGCUGGAGAAAAAAUUUACACCGUGAGUUGAAGAAAAAAAUUUCAAUUGAUUUGCAGUAAAAAUAUAUAAACUGAUUGAAGUGGCACGUAUAGAACUGUCCCAGUGUGUCAAAGAAAAAAAUAUAAUUAAAGUAAAUUGUGAUAAAAUCGAACAAUUUUGGAACGCAAAAGUCUGACUAAUACGAAGGAAUAAAAAAAUUUCAACGGGAGAAAGUAAAUAGCCACAGAGCUACAAUAACGAAAGGAAUUUGAGAUUAAAAAACAUUUGACAUUGAAUAUAUUUAAAGAAAUUAUUUAACGGUUGCUUUUUUGAAAUUGUAAUUGAGGGCAGUGCGGAUUUUACACAAAAAUGGAUUUCAAUUUCGCUGAUUUAAAGAAGGAGGCAGCUGCCACCACUGAGGACAUGUUUUCUCACACCGCAAAUGAAGCGAAAAAAGCAACAAAUGCUGAAUUUGACUUACUAGGCGGAGUUGGAGGUGGACGUGGUUCAACCGGUGCACAAGAUGAUAACUCACAUACCGAACAUUAUUUCGCUAAUGAACAGAAGGACAUCGAUUUUGAACAUGUUGAUCCCCAAGCCUUCGUACAGCGUAUGUCUGCUGGUGCAAGAGAGGCUCAAGAGGAGUUGGAUGCCAAGUUUACACACCAACCGGACAUUAGUGAAUUUACUGACAAUUCCUUCGACCCUUUUGCUAAAUUUGGGACCCCAGGCAGAUUUGAAAACAAACAAGCUGCACAUGACUUUUUAAGUGCUGAGCGUGGCUUAUUUGGUGGAUCUGGUGAACCAACUAAACCAGCCGACCAGAUAUCGGCACCUACAGCAGCACCAAUUUUAACCAAUAAGCAAACAGAGAACGCUGCUAUCACGGAAGCUGAUUUAUUAAAUUUCAGUGUUGGUGAUGUGGCCGAACAGCAUGCGCCACUUCAACCCUUUGAAGAAGAUUUUGGUAAGCACUCAGAGCCAGUUGCACCAGCAGCUCCUGCAGCAACAACAACUACAUUUUACGAUGAUGAUCUUUUAGUUGGUAAAUCUUCGCAUUCUGCUUCCGCUUCCAACAAGGAUUCGGAUACUGACUCGCCAUCUUUAUCAUGCAAUCCAUCACCGGCUAAGAAAAAUCCAGUGACCGCUGCACUUAGAGAACAGGAUAAUGACAAAUUCAUAUCAUCUGAAGAUCUACUUGGCGACUUUAAGGAGGAACGCAACGCAACACCCGACUUCCAGACAACAACUACAUCAAUCAAAUCGGCAACUACAAUACCGGCGGCUGACAAAAAACCAACUUCUGUACCUGUUACAGAUUUGGAUGCUGAAGAUGAAGCAUCUGCAGUGUUUUCACAAGCCAAACAUUCACAAUUUGAAGAUGUUAAAGAUGAUGAAAUUGCUAAGAAAGCAUCGGCAUCAGUACCGGUACCGGUACCUAGUGCUCCAACUGCAGCUGCGCCCAAGCCAGCUGCAGCUAGUGAGGCACCUGUCGCAAAGCCGCUCGCUCCCACUACAACAAACAACUUUUCGACAGCCGAGGUGGUCAAACCUAAAACAGCGCCACCAGUCCCUCCAAAGGAACAAAAACCGUCUCAACAGCAGUUGGAUCAACCUAAGAUUGUAUCAGUUGAGGAAAUAUUCUACAAAUAUGGUUUGGAUGCCUGGUUCAAGCCGGAGCGUUUACAUCCACGUGUGGAGUCUUUGAUCUAUUGGCGAGAUGUCAAGAAAUCCGGCAUUUUCUUCGGUGCUGGUCUCAUCACCCUCCUCGCCAUCUCAUGCUUCUCCGUCAUUAGCGUAUUCGCUUACCUGUCAUUACUGACAUUAGCCGGCACAGUGGCGUUCAGGAUUUACAAAUCAGUUAUGCAAGCCAUACAGAAGACACCCGAGGGACAUCCAUUCAAAGAGUACCUCGAAAUUGAUUUGACUUUAUCACAAGAGAAGGUUCAAAAUAUCGCUGGCGUUGCUGUGGCACAUGUAAAUGGAUUCGUUGCUGAAUUGCGACGAUUGUUCCUCGUGGAAGAUUUGGUUGACUCCAUUAAAUUCGGUGUUAUUCUGUGGGUUUUGACUUACAUUGGCGGUUGGUUCAAUGGCAUGACUCUGGUCAUUUUGGCCUUCGUCUCACUCUUCACCUUGCCAAAGGUGUACGAAAACAAUAAACAAUCAAUUGACACAUAUUUGGAUUUGGUACGAAGCAAAUUGUCUGAAAUCUCAGAGAAAAUCAAGGCCGCCAUUCCAAUUGGCAAGAAACCAAUUGCUGCAGAAACAGACAAGGACAAGUAAAGCACUUACAUUGUACAUGUAUAUGCGAAACAAAAGUAAAAAACAACAACAACAAAAUAUUAACAGCAAAUUUUUAAAUAUUGUCAUUGCAAUUACUAAAACUUAAGUCAAAACUCGACAACAACAACAACAACUUAAGAACUUGAGUAAAAAUGGCGCACACACACACUCUAACACAUUUUAGACAUUUUACGCCGGAGAGAAAAGAAAGAACAUCUAAUGAAAGCAAUUAUUAGAGCAAGCAAACAGAUGUAGAAGAUGUGUGUACGUCCCCGAGGAAGUGGAGUAUAAUAAAAUAAUAAUGCAUUCAAACAGUCUACACAAACAAUAUAUAAAUAAAUUCAAACAUCAAACACACAAAGUAAUCUUUGAAUAACGAAAAAUCUUAAACAAAAUAAAAGAGAAUAAGAAAAAAAAAAUCGAUAAAACACCACAUCAGUAAGAAAAAAAAAAAAACUAAAAACAAAUCAAAAACCAAAAUAAAAAAAUUUGCUAUAAAUUGUAUAUGCUUAGAAAACGACUAGCUUUGUUCUGUAUACAUAAUUUCGAUGGGAAAUUUUUAGUUUUAUUUUUACUGAAUUACAUUGAUUGCAAUGCGUCAAAUUUGUUUUUAUUUGCUAAUCAUUUAAAAUAUUAUAUAUGUAUUAUAUAAUAACUACAACAAAACUCCUAACUAAACACAACAAUAUACAUAUAAAUAUAUUUGGCACACAAUUGGUUAUAACCUCAAUAGAUAUUUUUUUAAAUAAUAAUAAUGCUUAUACUUUUUUUGGUUGUAUAUGUAAAUGUAUUUUAAAAUGAUAAUAUAUUUUAUAUAAACUGUUAAAAAACCAAAACAAAACAAAGCAAAAUAUAUUCAUCGACAAUGCCUAUUAAUUUAAUUAUUAUGUUUAUGGACUGUUUUCGAUUAAUUGUAGUUAUAAAAUGAAGAAAUAAUAUUUAUAUUUCUCACAUCCUUGGUUACCAGUUAAGAUUUAGCCGAACAAUAUACAGAAAAGAAAACAAGAAACAAAAAAAAAAGAUAAAAAGCUAAGAAAUCGGAUUGAGAAAUGUGUCCGAAAUUCUACUGAUGAUAUACAUAUUUAUCUAUCGUAUGUAUGUAUUAAGAGAAAUAUGCACAGCGGACAUAAUGCGUUUGUUUUCUAUUUUAGAUCUAUGAACAAAGAACAAUUAAAUUAAAACUAAAAACGAAGGAAAACACAUACAUACAUACAUAUUGAUUAUGUUGUUAUAUUACGAUUAAAAAAUAACAAAAAAAAGUAACAUCUUAGAAUUUAAUGAAUUAAAAUGAGUAUAUAAUAAAAUCAAUAUUUCGAAUGUCCAAUUUUCAUUUGGUUUUCAUUGCUGCACAUUUUGAUGGAUACACGACUCUGGUAAACUUUCAUAUGUAAUAUUUUGUAAUUCACAACAAUCAUUCAAUGAAAAGAGCAAUCACUUGAGAGGAAAAAAAACAACAACCAAAUCAUUUAGGGGAAAUCUCAUACAAUGUAUGUAUAUUUGUACGUUUUGAUCCGUCACUCAUCUACAACUAACGUUAAAUAAAUAGCUAAACACAUUAUAAAAACAAGUAAAUAUUAUAUAAUAAAAUAGAACAAAUACUAA